UUAUUACCUUUUAGGGUUUAUUUUCGCUUCUCAGAAUACCAAUGGACUCAAGUACAAAAUGAUCGGAUAAUGCAAAGUUGAGCACAUGUGGUACAAUAACUUCAAAUGUUUUAUUAUUUACCAGAAAGUUUAUAAAAGCUUUGAUUGAAGAUGUCCUCCUUGUUCACUGAAGAAAUUUGCCUUUCUAAAAGACAUGAAGAAAUAGUAUCACAAAGAUUAAUGUUACUUCAACAAAUGGAGAAUAAAUUUGGAGAUCAAAACACAGAAAAGGUAUCUCAGCUGCAAGCAGCUGAGACUGCUUUCCAAAGGAAUCUUAGCCUCUUAAAGGACAUAGAAGCAGCUGAAAAGUCUCUACAGAGCAAGAUUCGCCCACAUCCACCGCCUGAAGUGGUUUCUCUUGAGACUCGUUACUGGGCAUCAGUAGAAAAGUAUAUUCCCAAAUGGGAACCGUUUCUCUUACGACAAGCACCAUAUCCUAUUGGUGUUGAACAUCAGAAUGAAGCAGAAAACACCAUUCUAAAUGAGGCAUAAUGAUAACUUCUUCAUAUGCUAUCUUAAAAACCUCCUUAAUGAAGCUGAAUAUUAAAGAACUUGUGGGUAAUUGCAGGAACUUUAGGAAUUGAAUAUGUUGAUAUUGUUUCAUUAUCUCUAAAUGACAAUGAAGAUAUGAGAAUCUAUUGAGAAGUUUCUGAUCAUCUCUACCAUUCAGGGUCAUCAUCUGCUUUCUACCAUACCCAUGGGAACUGUUAAAAGUUAAUAUUAAAGUAUUAUUAAAUAUAUUAUUAAAUCAG